GGAAGUAGGAGGGACCGGCGGCGAGGAAAGGAGAUGAGGAUGGACCGAGGGGAGGCAACGCGAGGCGUGCGGAGGGCUCCUUGCGCGUGGGAAAGCUCCCAGCAGGCUCUGCCCCCCAGCAGCCGAGGCAAGUGGGUGAGGCUCAACGUCGGCGGCACCGUCUUCCUCACUACCCGGCAAACGCUGUGCCGCGAGCAGAAAUCCUUCCUCUGCCGCCUGUGCCAGGGAGAGGAGCUGCAGUCGGAUCGGGAUGAGACUGGUGCAUACCUCAUUGAUCGGGAUCCCACUUAUUUUGGACCCAUUCUGAAUUUCCUCCGGCAUGGGAAGCUAGUACUGGAUAAAGAUAUGGCAGAGGAAGGGGUUCUGGAAGAAGCCGAAUUCUACAACAUCGGGUCUCUAAUCAGGCUAAUCAAGGACAGACUGGAAGAAAAGGACUACACUAUAACACAGGUGCCUCCGAAACACGUGUACAGGGUUCUGCAGUGUCAGGAGGAAGAACUCACGCAAAUGGUUUCCACUAUGUCAGAUGGAUGGCGUUUUGAGCAGCUGGUGAAUAUUGGGUCAUCCUAUAAUUAUGGGAAUGAGGACCAGUCCGAGUUCCUGUGCGUGGUCUCCAAAGAGCUCUGCAGCUCGCCCAGCGGACUGUGCACUGAGCCCAGCCGGAAAGCCAAGAGCACAGAGGAGGACCUAGAGGAGGAAGAGCAGAAGGAAGCGGAGCUGCAGGAGGAGGAGCCGGAAGAGGAAGAGGAGAAGGUGGUGGAGCAGGAGCGAGAGGAAGCCGGAGUGGAUGAGGAGGAGAAAGGUGCAGCCGACCUCUGAAGACAGCCAGGAACAAAACCAAUGCCGAACCUUAAAGCCGCUUGCUCUCUUUUCUGGCGGGAGCAGGUG